CAUGCACUGUUAGACACCAACUGUAAGCCUGCUGGUGGAGGGUGGUGGAGCGAGCCAUCUUAGAGAAAAAUGACCGUUUAGAGAAGGUUUUGCUUAUUUUCAGAUUUUGUAUUGUCAUCAACUCACGGUUUUGAUCUCCACAGGCUUCUUUGCAGGAAUGGGAACGUUAUUUUUUGCUUUUCAAGUGAUCAUUUUAGCAGGUGCUGCCUUUGCAUCUUCUGAUGAAACCCGUCUGGUUAAAACCCUUUUCACUGGGUACAAUAAGGUCGUCCGCCCCGUCAAUCAUUACAAGGACCCUGUUGUUGUCACUGUGGGACUUCAGCUCAUUCAGCUCAUCAGUGUGGAUGAGGUCAACCAGAUCGUCAGCAGCAAUGUGCGACUGAAACAGCAAUGGAAAGAUGUGAACUUGCAGUGGAACCCAGAGGAUUAUGGUGGCAUCAGAAAGAUCAGAGUCCCCUCCACUGACAUUUGGCGUCCGGAUUUGGUCCUCUACAACAAUGCUGAUGGUGACUUUGCCAUCGUUCACGAGACUAAAGUGCUGCUGGAGCACACUGGAAUGAUUACAUGGAACCCGCCGGCCAUCUUUAAGAGCUACUGCGAGAUCAUAGUCCUGCACUUUCCCUUUGACCUCCAGAACUGCACCAUGAAGCUUGGGACCUGGACCUAUGAUGGAAACUUGGUCGUCGUGAACCCCGACAGUGAUCGCCCUGAUCUCAGUAACUUCAUGGAAAGUGGAGAAUGGGUCAUGAAGGACUAUCGAGGUUGGAAGCAUUGGGUGUACUAUGCUUGCUGUCAAGACACCCCCUACCUGGACAUUACGUACCACUUCCUCAUGCUGAGGCUUCCGCUGUACUUCAUUGUCAACGUCAUCAUACCCUGCAUGCUCUUCUCCUUCCUGACUGGUCUGGUGUUUUAUCUGCCGACAGACUCUGGUGAGAAAAUGACUCUGAGCAUCUCCGUUUUGCUGUCUCUAACUGUGUUCCUGCUGGUCAUUGUGGAGCUCAUCCCCUCCACCUCCAGCGCUGUACCCCUCAUUGGAAAGUACAUGCUCUUCACCAUGGUGUUUGUCAUUGCUUCUAUCAUUAUCACUGUCAUUGUCAUCAACACCCACCACCGCUCUCCAAGCACCCACACCAUGCCAGACUGGGUCCGCAAGGUUUUCAUAGAAACUAUUCCAAACCUUAUGUUCUUCUCAACUAUGAAACGACCGGCGAAAGAAAAGCAAAAUAAACCAGUCUAUACUGCAGAGUUUGACAUCUCAGAAAUCUCCGGCAACCAGGCCACUGCUGUGCAUUACCAGUCACCUUUGACCAAGAAUCCUGACGUCCGCAGUGCCAUUGAAGGAGUCAAGUACAUUGCAGAGACUAUGAAAUCCGAUGAAGAGUCCAACAAUGCGGCUGAAGAGUGGAAAUUUGUGGCCAUGGUCCUGGAUCACAUUCUGCUGUGUGUUUUUAUGGGGGUGUGCCUCAUAGGCACAUUAGGUGUGUUUGCAGGCCGCCUCAUUGAGCUAAGCACAUACGAAGCGUGAAAAAUCCUUCCUCUACAAGUGACUAAAGGCAGCUGUGCUCUGUAAAGGCUAACACAUGGGUGUGGAACAGCAAAACCAAAUGAUCAAGCAUGGUUCUUCCUUCAAUCAAAUCCUAAUUGUUUUAAUAAAUGAUUCUUAAAUCAUUUGACUUUAGAAUUCAAGACUUUAUGAUGAACUAUAAUUUAAAUGCAUCCUAUAUUAAUUCAUGAGCCUUUUAUCAUCUCGGUUUUCAUAGGUUUUUAGGAAAAUGUUUCUUUUACUCACUAAUAUUUGACUUUUUUCCUUUUGCAGUUAAGUUUGUACAUGUGUGACACCCAUUUUUAGUUUAUUAAAAAAGAUUGAACAUU